GUGAAAUAUCGCUUACAAGCGUCUCACAGUUAAGAGGCUCUUUGGACGCAAGUAACGCUAGUUUAUAUUUUCUUUCAUCAGUAUUUAGUUUUCUCGACAGGUAGCGACUUUACACCAGUCCUGUGUGUGUAUGGAUGCUGUUUGCUCCAAAGCAGAUUAAUAGAAAAAGACUGUGGCGUGCAAAUUUAAUUCAUAUAACCUUCACCAUGUCGAAGGAGGGAGAGGAGGAGGUUUCUGACAUCUCUCCGGUCCUAUUCCUGGACACAAGGGGACAGUCAAUGUGUUUCUAUGUGAGACCCGGUCCCACGAAGACUCAGCUCUAUCCUCUGAUAACUAACGGAGGAGGCUCUUUGUGUCGCAGUCAAGAGCCCGGAGCUAUUUUGCUGAUCGACCCCGGGGACGCCACUACCAUCACGGCGAGCUCCGGCCUACAGUACGUCUCUACCAAAUACAUCACAGACUGUGUGGAGCAGAACCUGCAGCUGGAUCUGGACGACUAUGUGAUCAGCGUGGGACCGUCGGUCCAGACGAGGAUGGUGAGCCGUCAUCAGGGCAGUGGGCGGCUGGGUUACUCACCUGAAGACGACGCGGCCAUCCUGAAGUUCAUGGAGAAGCGGCAGCAUGAAGCCAAAGGCAACCUGGUUUGGAAAGAAAUGGAGAAACGGCGUGUUACCGAGCACAGCUGGCAGUCCAUGAGGGAUCGGUUUCUAAAACACCUCCAGAACAGACUCGUGAAGAAGAGUCCCACCAAAAGAAAACCGCUUUGUUUCACACAAAGCCCUUUGCGGAAGAAGAAAGUCACUGAGAACUCAGACCCUGAGACGGACGCCUCACAAAACUCUCCUCAGAAGUCUGUCGGUGAUGAAUCUGACACACAAGUGGCUUCGGGGAACAGCGUGUGUCCAGUUGUGAGGACCGACCCUCAGCCUUCCCCAGAGAGGGCCAGGGCUCCUCCAGAUGUGGCUGAUGCUGCUGGAGAAACCCCGCAGGACGAGCGGGACGUCCCGGUCCGAGAACAAAAAACACCAGAGCCUGACAUGACCAGGAGAUCUGGAGUAGAUGAAGAUCGUGAUGCACGAGACCUUCCAGAUGGACCAAGUGAACAAUCAUCUCCUAACAAAACCAGACAGACGACCGAAGCCUCCACACCUGACUCUAGACAGCUGGGGAUUCUGGGAAAAGCUGCGAGAGAGUUUGAAGACUCAGAUGUGAUGGAUGAAAGUGAAGAAGUAGAAGAAGUACCGAUCAUGAAGCCCUCGAACACACGUGAACGUUCAUCAUCACCUGCAGCUGGGGAACCCGAAACUCAAGCUGAGCUCCUCACAGCUGCCCGACGGGACGCAGCGCCUGAUGAAGAGCGUCCCGGCCCUAGCUCCACAGCUGUCCCUGCGUCCUCGUCCCACGUCUUCCUCCUGGACUCAGAGUCACAGGACAAACAGCACAGUCCGACUCCAGAGGAAGCUCCCUCCUGUGACUCGGUGGAACAUGUGGAGAACCUGAUGACUAAGACCAAGAAGGAUCUGCUGGAGGUGACCAAGGCUCUGUGGAAGGCCAGCGGUGACCUGGCCAGGGCUCAGGUGUAUCUGCUGGAUGGGUACGAGCGUGAGCUUCACGGGCCGGUCUGGACCCUUCUGGACGACGACAUCCUCCUGUCGGCGGAUCCUGAUGAACUGGAGCAGCUUCAGUCCAAAUACGGAGAGGAGGAAGUGACCAGGAGAAGAGACUUCCUGACGGCGGGCACCAACUGAGACGAGUCGUUUUCUGAAACCAGCAGUUCAGCGACUUACAAUAAUACCGUUUCAACCAACUCUGUAUUCUCCGUUUGGAAAAAAAUCUGAUUUAUAUUGAUAGGUUUAUAAAAGGAUUUUGCUAAUCAUUACAUUGUUAAAAAUGCAUUAAAGUAUUUUUU